AUGAAUAACUAUACAGUGAACUUCACCUCACCUGAAACAUCUACAGACUCCCCAAUUCAGUCCACUGGACCACUGGAGAUUUGUGUGUUUAUCAUCAUUUUGUUGUUUGGUCUUCCUACACUCUUCUAUGUCAUAUGGCUCAUCAUCACAGGAACAGGAAAUGGAGUUGCAUCAGAGUUCUUCAUCCUCAAUCACUUUGUUUGUGAGAUUGGUAACUGUCUGUUAUGUAUUUUUGAUGCAAUGGUAAUGUGGUUUUCAUGUCUCAACAUAGUAUCAAACUUUCUUAGAGGGCUCGCCAUCACUGGUCGCCCUUUGUUUCAGUGUCUGAUCUGUGUUGAGCGUUACCUGGCAGUAGUUUAUCCUGUAACCUUUUUGAGGUUCAAACCUCUCAUGUGUAGAGUGAUCUGCUGCAUUGUGGUCUGGAUACUUAUUAUUGGGUCCUGUUUGUGCAGCAUGUUUAUGUUAAUGUUCUCUAAUUCAACUGUACAUAUGUGGUUCUUUGCACUGCAAUUUCUACUCUUCUUCUCCAUCCAGUUGUUUUGUCUUGUGGCUGUUCUCAGAGCUCUGAAGCAGUCAGGACCAGGAGAAAGAAGGAGAGAAAGAAAAGAGGAAAACCACAUGAAGAGAAGAGCAUUUUAUAUUAUUCUAAUAACUACUCUGAGCAUUGCUAUUAUAUAUGUGCCAUAUAUAAUCAUGGGAUUCUCUUCAAUUUUGACUCAUCGGUUGAUUAAGGAACUGUCUACUUUUAGUUAUGUUUGUUAUGUACUGGCUGGUUUUGUUCAGCCUGUUCUUUUUCUACAACGAGCUGGAAAAUUGCCCUGCUUCUGUUCCCCAUGA